AUGGCGAUCUCUGAAGCAGACGGACCUGGGCUGGUGCUUCCUGCUCCGACGGUGUUUGGUGCUGUAGCUGAUGGGUCGGCCACGGAACGGCCGAGGAAGUUGUCAAGGCUAGCGCGCUGUGGCAACGCGAUUGAACGCUGCCUAGACAAGGUUCCUUUUCCACAAAUACGCCCUUCGAAGUGCCUGCAGCGACAAGGCUGUCCAUUCAGAUGGUGCGAAGCCAACAGGUGCUGCUUCUUCUUCGGCAAGAGAGGAUGCAGAGUUUUCGGGAAUUUGCGCAAGCUAGCCAUGUUCCUUUCACUUUGUUUGACCUGCGUCAGCAUGCUUCUGCGAGCAAUGCCUGCUGCUGCUCUUUCAUCGAAUCAAGGGAAUUUGAACGAUUUCCCCUGGGCGUCUGGAACUUACGAGUGCAUCAAGACGGACAGAUGUGGCGGAUUAGAGGCCAAAGUCUCCAUCGGGCUGGAGGCAUUGCUGGUUGACAGCAAGAACUUCCACAUCUACAAGGUGAUCCAAUGGAGCGCCAGCAACUGUGUUGAGAACCUGAGCUCGCUGGGUGCUGGGUCCUACUGCCGCAUCUGCGACCAAGCCUCCAAGGGGUGUGCCGGAAUGUCUUUCCUUUCAAUCGCGACAGGACUUGUCAAUGCAUGGACUGACAUCCAGCGGAUGCGCGGGAAGAAUGAUCACAACUGCAUCAAGUGUUUGGCCAUUGUCACGAAUUGCCUCGGAGCUUUGGGCCUCAUGCUGGCUGUCAGUAUAUUCCAUGGCCUUUGCGUCUCGGAGUUCCCGUUGGAAGAUGCAGACAAGACCUUCAAGAUCAACUUGAGACUUGGGACAGGGGGGGCAUUGGUGGCGAGCGCGAGCAGCAUAAAUGCCAUGAACGUAGUGAUCCAUUGGAUGGUCCCUGUUCCAGAAGCACGCUGGAAAACGCAUGGGCCCGUCGAAGAAGACCCUGCCGCUGGCGACUGGCCGUCGAUCCGUGGAGCUGAUGCUUCCUCAGUGGUGCCCUUCGAUGGCACCAUUCCAGGCGGCAAGACUCUGGCAGGAGCUCCCAGGGCCUCCGUGGCCUCCCAGUUGAUGCAAAGCAAAGACGGCAGCCAGAAGGGAAAGCAGAACUGA